AUGGCCAUCAACAAGACCAGCAUUGUAAACCUUGGAAGUAGGCGCACAGACAGAGGCAGUGACAUAGGCACUGGCACUGGCAUGGUGACUGACGUCCGUAGCGAAUGUUGUGCCGAAACUCUGAAACUCCGAAACUCCGACGCACGCGAGCCCGCGGUCAGUGAGCGAGUAUCACACCGACAGGGCUGCACCGCUAAACUGCCGACAUCGUCAGUUCUUUUUCCCGUUCUUGUGGUCGAGGGCUGA